AUGAUCAGAGCUGCCAACAUAACGUGCCUUGAAUUCAUUCUCCAGUUGAACAAACAGGCGUCAAAAUGCAAGUAUGGUGACCAAUUGGAAGAACAUUUUUGUGAUAGUCUCAUUCCUGGAAUCAGCAACAUCUCAUUACAACGUAAGAUGUUGGAAAAGAAAGAUAUCACGUUUGCUGAGGCUCGAAAAAUCUGUGAGCAAAGUAACGAUUUGUGUGCUGCCACAAAUGCGGAUACUCCUGUUAUUCCAUCGGCGAUCAAUGAAACCCUUGCGUGA